AUGUCCAGGAGGAAUUUUCUGGAGGAUGAGGAGGAGGAAGUGCGGUUACUCAGUAAUUAUGAAGUGCGGUACAGAGAAAAAUCCAUGACAAAGCCGUCACCUCACCAGUCCAAAAACAAGAACACUGCGGUUUGGAAGAAAGCAGAAAGAAAUAAUUCUGCUUUCGACAAUCAGGGUUAUGAAGGCAGCCAAGAUGACCUGGCCUUCUCAUCCUCCGUGGUGCUAGCAAUUGUAGGCAUGACGUGCCAGUCAUGUGUUCAGUCCAUCGAGGGAAAGAUCUCCAAGCUGCCGAGCAUAAUUAGAAUUAAGGUUUGCUUGGAUCAAAACAAUGCCACUGUACACUAUAUCCGCUCAGAAAUAACCGCUCAGAAGAUCUGUGAAGAGAUAGAAGACAUGGGCUUUGAAGCUAGCAUACAAGAGUGCAAGGAGAUGACAGCACCACAGAAAGGCAUGAGUUACAAAGAAGAGGUGAUCAAGAUCAGGAUAGAGGGCAUGACCUGUCAGUCUUGUGUCAACACAAUUGAAGGCAAAAUUGGGAAACUUCAAGGUGUCCAAAAAAUAAAGGUGUCCCUUACAGGCCAAGAAGCAGUCAUUGUGUAUGAUCCACUGUACAUUCAGCCGGAAGACCUUAAGAAACAUAUAGAUGACAUGGGAUUUGUGGCUUCUCUUAAGAGUAAACCUGACCCUUUAAAGCUUGGAACAAUUGACAUAGAACGUUUGCAGACUGUUCCUAUACAUCGUAACAUUUCAGACUCUGAUGGCGCUGUCAUUGAUGGUCAAAAAGAGAUAGCGACUAUUGGUAUAGAAGGGAUGCACUGCAAAUCUUGCGUCUACAAUAUAGAAGGGUCCAUAUCAGACCUCCCUGGUGUUCAGAGUAUCAAAGUCUCACUUGAAAACAAAAAUGCUAUUUUAUGUUUCUUUAAAAGUGUUACUGACUUGGUUACUGUAAAAGAGGAAAUUGAAGCGCUUCCUCCCGGCAAUUUCAAGGUUAUACUUUCAUUGGCAGAACAUUCAAGGCCCUCAACAAAGUUGAAAUCCAAGUAUCAUUCUUCCUAUAAACAAAGUCAUCUGCCAGCUACCAAAAUGGCCUUAAUCCGCAUUGUAGGAAUGACCUGUGGAUCCUGUGUGUCCUCUAUUGAAAACAUGAUCUCUCAGAGAAAAGGAGUACAGUCCAUAUCGGUUUUAUUAGAUGAAGCACUCGGAACAAUUUACUAUAUCCCAAGUGAAACAAAUGCAGAGGAGCUUAGGGCAGCCAUAGAAGACAUGGGGUUUGAUGCUACACUUGUAUCUGAUUCUGCAGUGCCUAUAACCAGCAACCAGACAGAACCUGACACAAGGCAAAAUUCCUUAGCAAUGUUGAAGGAACUGACUACCCAUAAAGAUUAUAUUGUGGAUGUUAUGCCUAAGAAGCUGCACCUGGAUAUUGAUAUUCCUUUGAGCGAUAACAGAGCGCCGCAGAAAUGUGUUUUACAGGUCACCGGGAUGACAUGUGCUUCCUGUGUGUCUAACAUUGAGAGGAAUCUGAAGAAGAAAGAUGGUAUUGUUUCUGUGCUGGUGGCACUGAUGGCUGGUAAAGCAGAAGUCAGAUACAUAGGAGACCGGAUUGAACCAACAGAGAUUGCCCAACUUAUUGAAAACCUGGGGUUUGGAGCAGUAGUAUUGGAGGACUGCACUGCUGCAGAUGGCUGUAUUGAGCUAGUGAUUACAGGAAUGACCUGCGCAUCAUGUGUUCAUAACAUUGAAUCCCGACUGAUGAGAACGCCAGGGAUUCUACAGGCCGCCGUAGCUCUGGGUACCUGCAAAGCACAAAUCAAAUUUGAUCCAGAAGUUGUUGGGCCGAGGGACAUCAUUAAUGUGAUUGAGGGAAUUGGAUUUCGAGCAUCUUUACCCCAAAGGGAUCCCACAGCUCAUAACCUGGAUCAUAAACAGGAAAUAAGGCUGUGGAGGAACUCCUUUUUGUCCAGCCUUUUUUUUGGGAUCCCUGUCAUCUGCAUCAUGAUUUAUAUGUUAUUUGCCCAAAAAAGAAAAGAGCCAUCAAAACUGGAAGCGAACAUCAUCCCUGGGCUAUCCAUUAUGAACCUCAUCUUCUUUAUUCUUUGUACACUGGUUCAGUGCCUCGGAGGAUGGUACUUCUAUGUACAGGCUUAUAAGUCUCUGAAGCACAAGGCAACCAACAUGGAUGUUCUGAUUGUCCUGGCCACCACCAUUGCUUAUAUUUAUUCCGUGGUUAUCCUGAUUGUGGCCAUGGUAGAGAAGUCUGAGCAGAGCCCAGAGACUUUCUUCGACACACCGCCCAUGCUCUUCAUGUUUAUUGCUCUGGGGAGAUGGCUGGAGCACAUAGCAAAGGGUAAAACGUCGGAGGCUCUAGCUAAGCUCAUAUCUCUGCAAGCUACGGAGGCGACUGUUGUGACCCUUGAACAAAAUUUCUCAGUCAUAAGGGAGGAGCAGGUGGAUGUAGAAUUGGUACAGAGAGGAGAUAUCGUAAAGGUUGUGCCUGGAGGCAAGUUUCCAGUUGAUGGAAAAGUAAUUGAAGGGACGUCUAUGGCAGAUGAAUCUCUUAUCACAGGAGAGCCUAUGCCUGUCAGGAAAAGGCCAGGCAGCAUUGUUAUUGCUGGGUCCAUUAAUGCUCAUGGCUCUGUGCUGGUUGAGGCAACUCAUGUGGGCUCUGACACCACCUUGGCACAAAUUGUGAAGUUAGUGGAAGAAGCUCAGAUGUCCAAGGCACCUAUCCAGCAGCUGGCUGAUAAAAUCAGUGGAUAUUUUGUUCCUUUCAUAAUUAUCACCUCCAUUGUCACACUGAUUGCCUGGAUCACAGUUGGGUUUGUGAAUUUUGAUAUCAUAAUCAAAUAUUUUCCGGGUUACAGCAAAACGAUGUCUAAGGCUGAAGUGAUCAUACGGGUGGCGUUUCAGACUUCCAUCACUGUGCUGUCUAUUGCCUGUCCUUGUGCUCUGGGCCUGGCUACACCUACGGCUGUCAUGGUGGGUACUGGAGUUGCUGCACAAAAUGGCAUCCUCAUCAAAGGAGGAGAACCGCUAGAAAUGGCACACAAGAUAAACAUAGUGAUGUUUGAUAAAACAGGCACAAUAACGCACGGGGUCCCCAAGGUUAUGAGAGUGCUGUUGCUUUGUGAUGUGUCACGGAUGCCCCUGAAAAGGAUGCUCGCAGUUGUGGGGACAGCCGAGGCCAGCAGUGAACACCCCCUUGGAGUGGCUGUUGCUAAAUACUGCAAAGAGGAGCUUGGCACAGCAUCUCUGGGUUAUUGUUCAGAUUUCCAGGCUGUUCCUGGCUGUGGGAUCAGCUGCAAAGUGAACAAUGUGGAGAGUGUCCUGGUGCAGAGCGAAGAGGGACAGAAUGAGUACAACGUUUACAAGAGUGGAUCACAGGAUAAUAACAGCUUGAUCAUUACACCUGAAUUACAAGGUGCCAGUGCCCCAAUCCCUCACGCUGUAUUAAUUGGGAACCGGGAAUGGAUGAAACGCAAUGGACUUCAUAUUUCCCAUGAUGUAGAUGAUGCCAUGACUAGCCAUGAAAUGAAAGGACAGACAGCAGUGCUGGUUGCUAUAGAUGGUGCAUUGUGCGGAAUGAUUGCAAUUGCAGACACUGUGAAGCAGGAAGCCGCCCUUGCUGUGCACACUUUAAUGGCUAUGGGAGUGGAUGUUGUACUUAUAACAGGUGAUAACCGGAAGACCGCCAAAGCUAUUGCUACCCAGGUUGGGAUCCGAAAGGUGUUUGCAGAAGUUCUUCCCUCUCACAAGGUAGCCAAAGUCCAGGCACUGCAGAAUGAGGGGAAGAGAGUCGCCAUGGUGGGUGAUGGUGUCAAUGACUCCCCAGCAUUGGCCAGAGCUGAUAUCGGUAUCGCCAUCGGGACAGGAACUGAUGUGGCCAUUGAAGCUGCAGAUAUUGUUCUCAUCAGGAAUGACUUGCUUGAUGUAGUUGCCAGCAUUCAUCUCUCAAAGAGGACAGUGAGAAGGAUAAGAAUGAAUUUCAUGUUUGCUCUGAUAUACAAUCUUCUCGGCAUUCCUAUUGCGGCAGGUGUCUUCUUGCCAGUGGGGUUGGUGCUACAGCCAUGGAUGGGAUCAGCAGCAAUGGCAGCUUCUUCUGUCUCUGUGGUUUUAUCAUCAUUACAGUUAAAGUGCUACAAUAAGCCAGACUCCGACAGAUAUGAAGCCCUGGCCCAAGGCCUCAUGAAACCACUUACACCAUCACAGAUAAGUGUUCAUGUUGGGAUGGAUGACCGGAGAAGAGAUAUUUCCAGUACUUGGGACCAGAUCAGUUACAUCAGCCAAGGCUCUGCAAAUAAAAUCUCACGAGAGAACUCUUUAACGGGAGAGAGACAAGAUAAAUGGUCUCUCCUGAUCAGUGAAACCGAUGAAGACCACUACAUAUAAAACAAUGGCAGUAAAAAUUCAUUGGCAG